CUCAAAAGACGUUACUCGGUUGCCCAAAACAAAGCGCUAGAGUCUUCUUCGUCUUUCUGAUUCCCGAACCCUAAUUAACGAAUCACUCUUUUGAAUCAUCCGACGACGUUUUAGGCCGAAUGUCGAUUCCACCUUCUACUUCGGCUCCAUCGGCCUCUUCCUCUGCACAAUUCACAUACAGCGCAACACCAUCAUCAUCAACCGCAACAACUAGCUCCUACUUUCCUUUGCCUUUCCACCUCCAACAACCCGAUCCGAUGUCAUAUCCUCAACCCUAUGUCGCUGCUCCGGCCGCUCCCGUUGUGCCCUCCGUCUACUCUGCCCCCGUUUAUUCGCUACCCCAGUACCACCAGGCACAACAGUUGUUUCAAAGGGAUGCGCAGACGAUUACUCCUGAAGCUCUUGAGAGUGUGAAGGCUGCACUUGCCAGUAGUGAGAUUGAGCACAAGGCUGAAACUAAAAAGAAAGCGAUUCCUCGUAAAGCUGCUGGUCAAACUUGGGAAGAUCCCACACUUGCGGAUUGGCCUGAAAAUGACUAUCGCUUGUUCUGUGGUGAUCUUGGUAAUGAGGUGAAUGAUGAUGUUCUUUCUAAAGCAUUUUCUCGAUUUCCUUCGUUUAACAUGGCAAAGGUUGUUAGAGAUAAACGGACAGGCAAAACCAAGGGCUAUGGAUUUGUUAGCUUUGCAAACCCUUCUGACCUUGCUGCAGCUCUUAAAGAAAUGAAUGGUAAAUAUGUUGGAAACCGACCUAUAAAACUGCGGAAGAGCAAUUGGAAGGAAAGGACAGAUUUCAAUGCCCUUGGAAGGCAAAAGAACCAGAAUCAAAAGAAACCGAAGCUUCCAAAGAAGAGUUUCUUGCACAAGUGAUCAGGGGAAUGUCUUCACUUAAUGGUUAGACUUGAAAGUGAGCAAUUAGAAUGUAUUAAAAAGAAUAUUUUACUCUUUUUAAAUGGAUGAUGACUUUAAUUAGACUGAA